AUGGAAAAAUUUCCAAACGAAGCUGGCGUUUCUGUUCCUCGGGCUGACAUGGCAGGAACAGAUACCGCGGCAACUUUGAAUGCGACGCCUUAUCCUGUUCUGACCACGGAUGAAUUUCCAAAUGACGCUGGCACUUCUGUUCCUCCGGCUGAUAAGGCGGGAAUAGGGAGCAGCAACUGCACGGAAACGCCCAAGAUGGUAAAGGCCGCUCCCGAGCUCAUACGCCAGACCUGCCCAGCAGAUGUUUGUGGGAGAAAAUGUCUUCGGGAAGAAUGUGAUAUGAUGAGACGAUGCGAAUUGGCUAAUGUGUCUUCUAGAUGCUUGUUCUCCAUGAAUCGUAUACGUGCCCGGGCGGUUCAUGUCCAUAUCUACAUGGAAUGGGAACAAGUUAUACUAUCUGCUAAGUCGGGAGCUACUAGACUUGGUAAUCGAUACUUUAAUUUUCUAAUUGCUGGCGGCACUCCCAGCUUUAUAGCGCCUGUGGUCCACGGGGCAAUUAUAAAGGAGGCAGGAAUAUGGCUGUGGAUUGAUAGAGGCAAGGCUGCGGACUGGCCUGAAGAUGAGGGCGACUGGUUAGAGGAAGGAGCAGCGCAAGAGUUGAGGAAAGAUAGCUGGGAAUGA